CUCACGUAUCAUUCACACACAGGAUUUGCAGACAUGAAGCUCCUUAUUCUGCUUUCACUUGUGGCAUUUACAGGUUGCCAUGCCAACAUUCUAUGGGCAGAUGAGCCCAAGCCACAGCUGGAGCAGCUGAAAGAUGCAUUCUGGGAUUAUGUUGCCAAGGCGACACAAACUGCUGAGGACUCACUGCAGGUCAUCAGACAGUCUCAGCUGGGCCAGGAGGUUAAUGCUAAGAUCACAGAGAGCGCAGACCUGGCCAGCCAAUACGCAGUCACUCUGCACAGUCAGGUGACUCCUCUGGCCCAGGACCUUCUGAACAAAAUCUCCCAGGAGGCCGAGCUAAUGAAGGAGCGCCUGGGGCAGGAUGUAAGCACAGUGAGGGCCCAGCUGGAGCCCUACGCAGAGGAGCUGAGGGCCAACAUUGAGCUGCAGGUGGAGAAGCUGAGGCAGGAGGUGGCCCCCUACACUGAGUCCCUGGACACUGAAGCCCUGAAGGCCACCCUGCUCCAGAAGAGCGAGGAGCUGAAGCAGACCCUGGAGCAGAAAGUGAAGGAGCUGCAGUCCCAGCUGGGCCCCUACACCGAGGAGCUGAAGGAGAAAGUGGAGCAGCGUCUGCAGGAGUUCCAGCUGAGUGUGGCUCCCCUGACCGAGAGCCUCCAGACCCAGCUGACCCAGAGAGCCAAGAUGCUUCAGCAAAGCCUGGCACCCUACGCUGAAGACCUGAGGGAGAAGCUCGACCCCUACGCCCAGGACCUCAAAUCCCAGCUCACCUCUCUUUGGGAGUCCUUUGCCAAAAGUGCAUAAGUGUAGGAGGAACCAAUGUUUGCCUUGCUUAUCGUUUCUGACUGUCCGAAUCUCUCUGGGACUCCAAUAACACAGCCCAUUAUCAUCUUUGCUUGACGCACUCGUCCAAUACCUGUCAGUUCAUGAGUGGCUCUUUAUUAUUUUUGCUGCACUAUUAACAACAUCGAAGACCCACAAUAGCUAUGAUGCUUACAGCUGUCAUUCUUUUGUUCAGAAAGAGCUAAGAGAAUGCUCUGAUAUUGAAGCAAAACUUUGCACUUUACUUGACCCCUGAGAUAUGUAAAUAUUUCUUUUUGUCAUGUACUGUAAAAAUUGAUAGAUGCAGUUUUCUCACUUUUCUAACUUAUUGAAAUAAAAACAAGAAAACAUAAUUCCUGCAA